AUGGCAUUUGAAAACAGCGUGUGUCCUGAUUACAUUACUGAGAAAUUUUGGCGUACACUUGGUUGAAAUUCAGUGCCUAUAAAACUGACAAGAGAUUUCUACACACCAGAGGUUGUCCCUCCGGGCUCGUUUAUAAGUGUGCAAGAUUUUCCAUCUGUUAAGGCUUUGGCGGAAUACCUGUUGUACCUCGACAAAAAUGACACUGCUUAUAAUGAAUACUUCACAUGGAAAAAAGAAUACGCCCUUGGAUCAAGAGAUGCAGCCUGUUACAUAUGUGAUGCUCUUUACAAUGAAUGUGCUAAACCCAAAUUCUAUAAAGAUAUAUUCAAGACUUUUUGGAACGAUGAUGUUCGUUGCAAAGAAAACGAGAGGAAACUUUUCUCU